AUGCCUUCCAAGAAUAUGUUCACUAGCUUGCUAGCAGCGGCGAGCCUGAUGGCUUCCGGCGUGUAUGCUGCUGAAGCCACCGAUAUGGGUGCUGCGGCAUUCUUGUGGCCACCAGACAGAGCUUGGGGAGCCACCUGGGACACCACAGCCCCUUGCGGUUCAUCGGCGGGGGUUACAAACCGAACCGAGUUUCCUCUCACAAAUGGUGCAGUUUCUAUAGUCCUUCAGGAUGAAUCAUACUCCGUUAACCUCGCUAUCUCCUUUGACAAUGACCCCACCAAGAAUGCCGAUUUCACCACUGUUGUGGCUGGCAGCCGCUUUCCUGACGUCGAGCCUGGUCACGAAUGUUAUUCAGUGCCCAACCCACCAUCCAACAUCACUUCCGGCUCCAACGCUACUCUUCAGUUGAAAUACAUCUCCGACUUCGACAAUGACGGUAACGAGACCUACUAUGCAUGUGCUGAUAUUACCUACGUACCGUAUAGCUCAUUCACCACCGACAUCCCAUGCUUCAAUGUCUCAGAGGCCGACACGAGCAGCUCGUCUUCGUCGUCGUCCUCGUCCUCGUCAACCACAUCGGCUAGCAGUUCCAGCAGCAGCAGCUCGGGAGGCUCGAACCGACUGUCUGGAGGCGACAUUGCAGGAGUCGUGGUAGGAACAGUGGCUGGUGCUGCGCUGAUAGGUGCAGCCGCAUUUUUCCUCGGUCGGUACUGGCAGAAGAGGGUGCAGCGCGAACAUGAAGUCGCUAUGAACAUGAUGAACCCGGCUCAGAAGACGUGGUCGGCUUCGACGGCUGGUCGCCAACAGCAGCAGGCAUAG